GUGGGGAUGCUGUUGAGUUCACACCGGGGUGUUUGCUUUGCUGGUCUAGGUAUUCGUUCCGACUAAUAUACACCGAAGCUCGCAUGAUGGCCAAACCUUUGUCUGGACUUGUUUGUCUUGUAACUGGAGCUACGAGAGGAAUUGGAAAAGGUAUUGCUGUCCAGCUGGGUGAAGCUGGUGCUACUGUUUAUGUGACUGGACGAACAUUACGCAAAACUGAAAAAAGCCUUGGGUCACUGGAGGAAACGGUCGAAGAGAUAAACGGACGGGGUGGACGCGGCGUUGCAGUACAGGUUGACCACACCAAAGAUGAUGAAAUUGAACGACUGUUCGACAAGAUAAAGUCCGAACAAAACGGACAGCUGGAUCUGUUGGUAAACAAUGCGUAUUCAGCUGUUAAUUCUUUAAUCGAUGUGACUGCCAAACCAUUUUGGGAACAACCGAUCAGUAUCUGGGACGACAUUAAUAACGUUGGGUUACGUAACCAUUAUAUCUGUUCAGUAUAUGCUGCUAAAAUGAUGGUUCCUCGCAAAUCUGGGCUCAUCGUCAUUGUGUCUUCGGGUGGUGGCCUGGUCUAUACAUUCAAUGUCGCUUAUGGUGUCGGCAAAGAAGCUUGCGACAGAAUGGCAGUUGAUUUAGCUCACGAACUUAAAAAACACGGCGUGGCUUGCUUCAGUUUGUGGCCAGGCUUUGUUCAGACUGAAACUAUAAAGGACCUUUACUCCUCAUCUGACCCAUCUGAUCUACCAAAGGGGUAUGAGCACAUCAGAGAAGGGUUUCUGAACGGAGAGAGCACCGAAUUCAGUGGAAAAUGUAUUGUUAAAAUUUUGAGUGACAAAGCGAACCUGAUGAAGAAAACCGGGCGUAUAUUACCGACAGGUGAUCUGGCAGACGAAUAUAGUCUUGUUGAUAUUGAUGGCAAGAAGCCGUGGUCCCUGCGCUCACUGAGGUUUCUUGCCACUCACUUCUUCAAGAUUUCCAGAAGUAAAGCUGAAUGGAUCCCGGGUUUUUUGAAAAUUCCUUCAUGGAUGGUCUAUAUGUUGGGGUACAAAUUUUAAUCUGUUUAAAUAUACAGAGAUAUUUACGUUUGUAUCUAAUUCUAUAAAUUGUUCCCAUAUAUUAUUUCUUCA